AUGGAAGCUACUCAAACACCCACAACAAAUGGCGGAAACACCACACCAGCAACCAUCAUUCUUCAGUUACCAGAUAUUGGCGCCAUUGACGUUCAAAUUGUGGUCUUUGGGCAAGAAUUCAAUGUGCAAAGUGCGCAGCUAAAGUUACAAUCCAUCUUCUUUCGAUCUAGCAUCAAUUGGCCAGGAAGAUUUGAGACAGACUACGCAGGCGCUUUUCGACUUCGGUAUAUGUCAGUUAUUGAGGAGGAUGGCACAUGGUCUCUCCAAGAUACUUCUCGAAUCGUGAGUAUUGGCUUUCUCUAUACCAGCACUAGGCGAGGCAAGAACGAUGAAGCUAGCAAACCUUAGCUGUUGUACCAAGGUCCAACUUAAACCUUUGAGUUCUUGAGGCAUAUGAUUUUGGAAAAGAUUGCUGCAUAUGCUGAAGAGAAGGCGUCUCGAGUUUACAGUCACUGAUUCCUGCAUCCAUCAAUACUACCUAUUCUGGACUUGACUGACAUAAGAUCUUAGAAGAGUGACACAGCCGCAUCUCAACAUCCACUGAAUGGUGACACAGAAACAGAAAUCGAAGCUUUUCACCUGGUCUUAGCAGCAAUCUAUGAUCAUCCCCUGGCAAUCAACACAGUAGAUGGACUUAUUUCAGCAGUAGGGUUGGCGGACUACUAUGGCUUGCAUGAACUGUUUCCAAGAUGGGUUUCCUCAGUUUUGGCCCAAUCCCACAAUAUGCAAGCGUAUAUACACACAGACUGCAAGGUGUUAUUACCUGUAGCAGCGCAACUCAAGAAUGCUGUCCUUUUUCGAGAAUGCGUCGUUCACAUCGCUGGUGCUCACUGGCGUCGGCCUGAAGAGGUUUGGGAGGAAUUCGAGGAUUGGAAGUUGAGACGACUGAUUUGGAUUGCGUGUAGAAGAAUCAACGACAAGACUAGGAAGCUUCAAGGUCUAUAUCAUUACUAUCAUCUGUGUUCACGCCUUAGAGAAACCGUGCCGUCUACUCAUCUUGAUCCCGAGAAGCGUCUACCAGAGUUUUUCUAUGCCCUACAUUACAAUCAUUGUGUCCUCCACGCAUCACUAUUUGUGUGUGCUUUUGACUAAAUGGAGGAGUUGUUGACCAACAACCUUAAAUUGCAUGGGAAGGAUCUGGUUGUAGGAAGGAAUGAGGAUCUCCUGGAUACAUUUCUUUGCGCUGAAGUCGAAGACCAAGACCUUCCAUGGAAUACACCUUAG